CAUCUAUAUAUUAAAGGAUUCUGGGAUUUUAAGUUCUAUAGCUACGGUACGUCUGUGCCUGGAAUGAUGAAAAGGUCCAUGCCAAAAUCUCCAUCUCAUACACUGCUUGCCUUUUGCUUCUGGUGCAUACGCCUCUUGUGUUUGGUGGAGAGAUGCAAAGCUAAAGAUGCAGCUAAUGCUACAACAGACCCAGAUGAAGCGAGAGCUCUUAAUGCCAUUUUCCAAAAAUGGGGUCUUUCUGCUACUGAUGAAUGGAACAUAAGUGGAGACCCAUGUAGUGGGACUGCCGUUGAUUCAUCAACAAUCAGCAACCCUGGGAUCAAAUGUGAUUGCCAAUCCAACGGUGGAGGCACCUGCCAUAUAAUCGAAAUGAAAGUAUAUUAUCAGGAGGUGAAAGGGGCAAUUCCAGAAGAGUUCUCAAACCUGACAUUGCUGACAAAACUGAAUGUGGCAUACAAUAAAAUAGAGGGUUUCCUGCCAUCAUUUAUCGGCAAUUUUAGGCACCUGCGCUACCUGGAUGUAGGCAGCAAUAGCUUCCAUGGUUCACUCCCACCUGAGAUGGGGAAUUUGCCAAGUUUACAGUACUUGGAUACGUGGAGUGCUGGCUUCAAGGGUUUGCUCCCACCUGAGCUGGGGAAUCUGUCAAGUCUGCAAUAUCUGGAUAUAAGCUCCAAUGGCUUCAACGGUUUGCUCCCACCUGAGCUGGGGAAUCUGUCAAGUCUGCAAUAUAUGGAUAUAAGCUCCAAUGGCUUCAGCGGCUUGCUCCCACCUGAACUGGGGAAUUUGUCAAGUCUGCAAAUGAUGGAUAUAAACCUCAAUGGCUUCAACGGUUUGCUUCCACCUGAGCUAGGGAAUUUGUCAAGUCUGCAAAAACUAUAUAUCAGUAGCAGCGGGCUAGGUGGUGAAAUUCCUUCAACAUUUGCUAACUUGAGAAACAUGGAAAUCUUGGAGGCAAUUGAUAGCCAGUUGACAAAGAUACCUAAUUUCAUUGGGAAUUGGACUCUUACGGAAUUGUAUGUGUCAGAUAAUUCCAUAACGGGUCCCUUGCCAGCAUUCAUCGGCAACAUAACGAGCAUGCUGUACUUUGACGCUAGCAUGAAUGCCAUAUCAGGGAGCACCCCUAAAAAGCUGGGAAACCUUCGGAAUCUAAUCUCCUUGAAUAUAGGCUCAAACAACUUCACUGGUUCGCUCCCACCUGAGCUGGGGAAUUUGACAAGUCUGCAAAAACUGGAUAUAAGCUCAAACAACUUCAAUGAUUCGCUCCCACCUGAGCUGGGGAAUUUGACAAGUCUGCAAGAACUAUACAUUGAUAGCUGUGGGCUAAGUGGCCAGAUUCCUUCAACAUUUGCCCACUUGAGAAAACUGAAUAUCUUGUCGGCAUCUGAUAACAACUUCACAGGAAUAAUACCUGAUUUCAUUGGGAGUUGGGAUCUCACUGAUUUGAGUAUGCAAGGCAAUGCUUUUGAGGGUCCCAUACCAUCGAGUUUUUCUAAUUUGAUUUCACUGAAAUAUCUGCGGAUAAGUGAUGUGUCUAAUGGGAGCUCCUCGUUGAAUUUUAUUGAGAAUAUGACGUCUUUAUCUAUCUUAGUCCUAAGAAACAAUAUGCUUUUUGGUACUAUCCCGUCCACCAUUGGAAAACAUCAAUCAUUGAAGCAUAUGGAUUUGAGCUUUAACAAUUUAAGUGGCCCAAUUCCGGCGUCUCUCUUCAAUAUAAGUUCACUUGCUAACUUGUUUCUUGGAAACAACAACUUAUUCGGUACACUGCCAUCCCAAAAAGGCAAUACACUUCUUAAUAUAGAUUUAUCAUACAAUAAUUUAUCAGGAAGCUUUCCAUCUUGGGUUUCAGAAGAAGACUUAAACUUGAACUUGGUAACUAAUAAUUUCAUAUUUGAUGAUUUUAACCGCAGUGGUUUGCCCUUAAGCUUGAAUUGUCUUCAGCGAAGCUUUCCAUGCCAUCAGAAAUCUCCAAUCCAGUCUUCGUUCGCGAUAAGGUGCGGUGGACCCUCGAUGAAAAUUAACGACACAGAGUAUGAGGGGGACUAUGAACAACUGGGCCCAUCAACCUAUAAGGUGGCCAGCACAGAGAAGUGGGCCGUCAGCAAUGUAGGAAUAUUUGCUGCACGCAGCAACGGAGAAGACAUGUUUAAAGGCAGCAACAGCAUAUAUAACAGGCACACUGAGGGUGUAUUUCCGAAUACAACAGACUCGGAGCUAUUCCAAUACGCAAGGGUCUCACCGGGAUCGCUGAGAUAUUAUGGUCUGGGGCUUGAAAACGGGAACUACACUGUAAAUCUGAAAUUCGCAGAGACGGAAUUUCCAGAUUCGAAAACUUGGGAGAGCGUUGGAAAGCGUGUUUUCGAUAUUUAUCUUCAGGGAAAUCUGGCAUGGAAAGACUUUGAUAUAAAAAAAGAAGCAGGAAUUGCCUUCAAAGGCAUUGAGAAGAAACAGUGGGUUAUGGUAUAUGAACAUAUUCUUGAAAUUCAUCUUCUUUGGGCUGGAAAGGGGACUUGCUGUAUACCUUCUGAGGGCACUUAUGGACCCUCCAUCUCGGCCAUCCAUGUUACUCCUAAUUUCGAACCGACUGUCAGGACUCGACGAAAGAAGAACAAGACUGCUUUGGCUGUUGAAAUUUUGGCUUCUAUUUUUCUGAGCAUUGUAUCUGUUUUUGUAUUUUUUAUUUGGAGGAGGAGUAAAAGGUUGAGUGCUGAUAAAGCUGAAGAGUUUCUAGGAAUGGGUCCCAAACCAAACACUUUCAGUUACGGGGAACUGAAGACCGCCACCAAAGACUUCAGUCCAGCAAAUAAGCUGGGACAGGGAGGAUUCGGGCCCGUUUUUAAGGGCACAUUGCUAGACGGGCAAACAGUGGCUGUGAAGCAACUUUUGGUGGCAUCUCCCCAAGGAAAGAGUCAGCUUCUAGCAGAGAUUGCAACUAUAUCUGCCGUCCAACAUCGGAACCUCGUGAAGUUGCACGGAUGCUGCAUUGAGGGAGCAAAUCAGCUCCUUGUUUAUGAGUAUUUGGAAAACAAGAGCCUUGAUCAAGCACUCUUCGGAAAUAGUAACUUGCAUCUAGAUUGGCAUACCCGCUUUAAGAUAUGCUUGGGGACGGCAAGAGGUCUUGCUUACCUUCACGAGGAAUCCAGGCCACGCAUUGUUCACAGGGAUAUCAAAGCCAGUAAUAUUCUGCUUGAUGCGGAUCUCAAUCCAAAGAUAUCAGAUUUUGGUUUGGCCAAGCUCUAUGAUGACGAGAUGACCCACAUGAGUACACGCGUGGCAGGGACAAUCGGCUAUCUUGCACCGGAGUACGCCAUGCGUGGACAUCUAACGGAGAAGGCUGAUGUAUUUGGAUUUGGAGUCCUUACUCUGGAGAUUGUAAGCGGAAGGCCAAACACAUGCCAGAACGUGGAUUUGGAGAAGAUGUAUCUUCUUGAAUGGGCUUGGCAUCUCCAUGAAAACAACCACGCAUUGGAACUGGUCGAUCCAAAAUUAUCCAAUUUUGAUGAAGGAGAAGUAGCUCGGAUGAUCAGAAUUGCUCUUCUAUGCAUCCAGGCAUUGCCAUCGUUACGCCCACCCAUGUCACGGGUGGUGAACAUGCUGCUGGGAGAAAUUGAAGUGGGCGCCGUCUCGUCGAAGCCAGGCUACUUAACCGGAUUGCCAUCCAAUGAUACAGGCAGUUUCAUGAGUGAUGAUAUUUCGAGAGCAUCAGCUAGUUUAACCAUCACCAGCCAACAGUUCUCAUUGUCGUAUGAGAGCUGCUCAUCCCUGGGCGCCACUAAGCCAAUGCUGCAUGAGGAUAUCGGAGAUGGACGAGGACCUGAGAAUUCCAGCAUGACAACUCCCAAGCCCUUCCGCUUUGAACUUGCGAGGCUGGAAGUGGACGGUUUUGCAGAUACUGUUAGAAAAUGGUGGCAGUCCUUAAUUGUUUCAGGAACAGCUGGGUUUUUUCUGUCUCAAAAACUCAAGCUCCUCAAAGGAAAACUAAAUGCUUGGAAGGAGUUUCUAUCCAAAAGAUCAGUAAUGGCAGAUAGCAUUAUUUCUGAAUUAAACGAGAUAGAUAUUAAGGAGGAAGGGGUUGUCUUAUCUGUAGAAGAUCGAAUACUUAGGAAGGUUGAGAAGGAUGAUUUUUUCUGGUGGGAAAAAGAAGUGAAUAUGAAAGUUGAUUUAGCUGACAUUUCUCAAAGAACUGCUGCAAUUGUAGGCUCUCGAAUAAUCGAGCUAGAAAAGGAGUUAAAGAGGCAAAUUAGUGAAACAAAUCUGCUCGAGAGAUGGAAAGAGAUCAUUGCAGAGUUCAAGGGACUGCUUUCAUCUCUCCCCAAGGAUAUGGAUGUAACUGCGUUGGGAAUGCUAUCGAGUAGAUCUGCUGAACAGGUUGCUGAAAUACAGAAACUGCAGGCUGUGUCUGUCGCAUGUAUGCUCUCACCUGUUUUGAUGGCCCUCUCAGUUGAAUCUAGACUGAAUCAGUGGUGGGCGGCUGACCCAGGUGGUAGAAAUCAGGCGCAGAAAAUGAUCAUUCCAAAUCUCAUCCUCUGGGAGAUUUGGAUGGCUAGAAACACCAUGAAGAUGGGGGGUAAAUCGGCCUCAAGUGGGGCUACAAUAGCUCGGAUUAACUGGUGGAUAUCCUCCAUUUUUGUUGAACGGUCAUCCAUCCCUCACAACGUGAGGUUUGACGUGAUCAAAUGGUCGAAACCCCCUGUGGGCUGGGCCAAGCUCAAUCUGGACGGAUCGGCCAGAGGUAACCCGGGACCGGCUGGUGGUGGUGGGAUUUGCAGAGACUCCAAUGGUGACCUGCUUUUCGCAUUUUCAAUUGGGUUCGGGAUUGAUUUGAGUAACAGGGCGGAGCUGCGGUCUGUAUGGAACGGGCUUUCGAUUUGCUUGAGUAGGGGUCUGUCUAGAGCGGAAGUAGAAUCAGACUCCAGAUUAGUGAUUAACCUCAUCUCAGGGUCCUCCGUCCCUUCUUGGCCUUGGCAUCAUGGGCGUAGGAGAAUCACUGAUCUCAUCAACAGAGGAUCCUUCCUUUUUUGUCAUAUCCCAAGGGAGGCAAAUGCCCCGGCGGAUGGGCUGGCGCGUCUAGGCAGUGGCUCCCAAGGGCACUUUUUCUUCUCUGGCCUGAAUGAGCUCCCUAUUCUCAAUUUGAACCAGUCACGGCCUGUUAUAGGAUGCGGGUGGCAAAAGACCGGUGCUCUCAUUAACCUCAGAACUUUCUACAUCGUGGGAAUUCCAACUAUUGUUCUCUUGGCUCUCGUCUUCCAUUUUGGAGGAAAGACUUUUGCCGGUGCUUCCUCAGAAAUACCAGCGGCCAUCAAAAGCAUCGGUAAAGUCAGAAUGAGCGUCGGAAAAGGAUAUACAAUUGCCGACGCUCAGACAAGUGCUGGUAAAAUGAGAGCUUUUAAUGCCAUUUUCCAACAAUGGAAUCUUUCUGCUUCUGAUGAAUGGAACAUAAGCGGAGAGCCAUGCAGCGGGAUCGCCGUUGAUUCAUCAACUAUCAGCAACCCUGGGAUCAAAUGUAAUUGCUCAUCCAACGGUGGAUCCACCUGCCACAUUACCCAAAUGUACCAAACUGCAAGGGUUGCAGCUGAGAGGGGUAAUUCCGGAAGAGCUCCGAAGCCUGACUUUCCUCACGGAUCUGGAUUUGUCACAAAAUUUCAUAACGGGUCGAUUGCCAGCAUUUAUCGGCAGUUUGACGUCCAUUCGCUCCUUUUGGGUAAUCUGCCAAGUCUACAGAAACUGAACAUAAGCCACAAUAGCUACGCUGCAGAGCUCCCACCUGAGCUGGGGAAUUUGUUUAGGCUGCAACAGCUGGAUAUAAGCCACAAUAACUACUCUGGUUGGCUCCCACCUCAGUUGGGGAAUUUGUCAAGUCUGCAGCAAUUGGUUAUAAGCUACAAUUACUUCGCUAAUGAACUCCCACCUGAGCUAGGGAAAUUGGCAAGUCUGCAACAAUUGGAUAUAAGCCACAAUAACUUUGCUAAUUGGCUCCCACCAGAGUUGGGGAAUUUGUCAAGUCUGCAACAACUGGAUAUAAGCUCCAAUAAUUUUAUUGGUUCGCUCCCACCUCAACUGCAGAGUUUAGAAAGUCUGCAACAAUUGAAUAUAAGCUACAAUAACUUCAACAAUUCACUCCCACUUGAACUGGGGAAGUUGGCAAGUCUGCGACUACUGGCUAUAAGUGCAAAUAACUUCUCUGGUUUGCUACCACCUGAGUUGGGGAAUUUGACAAGUCUGCAAGAACUAUACAUGGAUAGCAGUGGGCUGAGCGGCGGGAUUCCUUCAACGUUUGCUGACUUGAGAAACAUGAAGAUCUUGUGGGCAUCUGAUAACCAAUUCACAGGAAAGAUACCUGAUUUCAUUGGGAGUUGGAAUCUUACCAAUUUGAAUAUUCAAGGCAAUGCUUUUGAGGGUCCGCUACCAUCGAGUUUUUCUAAUUUGACCUCACUGACCGAUUUGCGGCUUAGUGAUGUGUCUAAUGGGAGCUCAUCGUUGAAUUUUAUUGAGAAUAUGACAUCUUUAACCAACUUAGUCCUAAGAAACAAUAUGCUUUCUGGUACUAUCCCAUCCACCAUUGGAAAACACCGAUUAUUGAUGCAGAUGGAUCUGAGCUUCAACAAUUUAAGCGGCCAAAUUCCAGACUCUCUCUUCAAUAUGAGUUCGCUUAUUUACUUGUUUCUUGGAAACAACAGCUUAUCUGGUGCACUGCCGUCCCAAAAAAGCAAUAAACUUCGUAAUGUAGAUUUAUCAUACAAUCAAUUAUCAGGAAGCUUUCCAUCUUGGGUUAUAGAAGAAGGCUUAAACUUGAACUUGGUGCUUAAUAAUUUCGCAGAUAGUUCUAACAGAACCAUCAGCAGUGGUUUGCCUUUAAUCUGGAAUUGUCUUCAGCGCAGCUUUCCAUGCCAUCGGAACCCUCCAAUCCAUUCUUCAUUUGCGAUCAGGUGUGGUGGGCCCACAAUGACAACUACUGAAACAGAGUAUGAAGCUGACAUUGCAAUUCUGGGCCCAGCAUCCUAUAAUGUGGCCAGCACAGAGAAGUGGGCCGUCAGCAAUGUUGGAAGGUUUAGUGAAGGCAGCAACACCAGCUAUUACAGGUACACUCAAGAAGAAUUUCCGAAUACAAUAGACUCGGGGCUGUUCCAAUACGCCAGGCUAUCACCAGGAUCACUGAGAUAUUAUGGUCUGGGGCUCGAAAACGGGAACUACACUGUAAAUCUGAGAUUCGCAGAGACGGAAUUUUCACAAACUCGGGAAAGCGUUGGAAAACGCAUUUUUGAUAUUUACCUUCAGGGAAAAUUGGAAUGGAAAGAUUUCGAUAUAAAAAGGGAAGCAGGUGUUUCCUUCAGAGCCAUUGAGAAGGAACGAUGGGUUAUGGUAUCGGAAAGCGUUCUUGAAAUUCAUCUCCUUUGGGCUGGAAAGGGGACUUGCUGUAUACCUUCCCCGGGAACGUAUGGACCCACCAUAUCGGCCAUCCGUGUUACUCCCAAUUUCAAACCUACUGUUGGGACUUCACGAAAGAAGAACAAGACUGCUUUGGCUGUUGGAAUUUCGGUUUCUGCUGGAGUUCUAAGCAUUAUAUUUGUUUUAGUAGCUUUUAUUUGGAAGAGGAGUAAAAGGCUGAGUGUUGAUGAAGAUGAAGAGUUUUUAAGAAUGGGUCCCAGACCAAACACUUUCCGUUACGCAGAACUGAAGACCGCCACUGAAGACUUCAAUCCUGCAAAUAAGCUGGGUCAGGGUGGAUUUGGCCCCGUUUUUAAGGGCACAUUGCUAGAUGGGCGGAUAGUGGCUGUGAAACAACUCUCAGUAACAUCUCACCAAGGAAAGAAUCAGUUUGUAGCGGAGAUUGCUGCUAUAUCUGUUGUCCAACAACGAAACCUCGUGAAGUUGCACGGAUGCUGCAUCGAGGGAGCACAUCGGCUACUUGUUUAUGAGUAUCUGGAAAACAAGAGCCUGGAUCAAGCUCUCUUUGGAGAGAGUAAAUUGCAUCUGGAUUGGCAUACCCGCUUCGAGAUAUGCUUGGGGACAGCAAGAGGUCUCGCUUACCUUCACGAGGAAUCCAGUCCUCGCAUUGUUCACAGGGAUGUCAAAGCCAGUAAUAUUCUGCUCAACGCAUAUCUAAAUCCAAAGAUAUCAGAUUUUGGUUUGGCUAAGCUCUAUGAUGACAAGAUGACCCACAUCAGUACAGGCGUCGCAGGGACAAUCGGCUACCUUGCACCGGAGUAUGCCAUGCGUGGACAUCUGACAGAGAAGGUUGAUGUAUUUGCAUUUGGAGUUGUUGCUCUGGAGAUUGUAAGUGGAAGGCCAAACACAUACCAGGACGUGGAUCCGGAGAAGUUGUAUCUCCUUGAAUGGGCUUGGUAUCUCCAUGAAAACGACCGCGCAUUGGAACUGGUGGAUCCAACACUAUCAGAAUUCAAUGAAGGAGAAGUGUCUCGGAUGAUCGGCAUUGCUCUUCUAUGCAUCCAGGCAUCGCCAUCACUACGCCCAUCCAUGUCACGGGUGGUGAACAUGCUGUUGGGAGACAUUGAAGUGGGCACCGUCUCAUCGAAGCCUGGCUACUUAACUGGUUUGCCAUCUGAUGAUUCAGGCAGCUUCAUGAUUUAUGACACUUCGACAGUGUUGCUGAAUGCAAGCGGCUCACGCCAGGGUGCCACUGAGGCAAUGCUGCAUGAGGUUAUUGGAAAUGGACAGUGAUGAUUGAAAGUCUGUGCAGAGGAGUGGGCCCUCAAGAUCUGAGGGUCUACACACAAUAUGGUACCUCCACAAAGCCAACAUAUGAUAUUCAGACUUCUUCCCAUUUAUCAUCUAAAUCUUAGUUUAAACUUGAAUUUGUUAAAAAAUAAUUUAU